UAGCAUCAAUUAAAAUGUUUCUUUAUUACACACUGUUCCUUUUUUCUUCACUUUUCUGUGGAACGAUCAGCGAGCCUGUCAGGAAAUGUUUGAGUAACGACGUCUUUCAGAAGGCUUCUUGUGAACAAGUCAGGGAUUUCAUAAGUGGACGAUGGGCCGAAGUAAGAAGACUUCCUCUUCCUUUCCUCAUGUAUAACGAAGAAGAUUGUGUGGUGUGGAACGCUGUACCCCGCUCCAUGAACGACACUGAUGCAGAGUUUCACUUGCAAGCAUUAGUUGGCGGACAGCCUGUUGAGGGUAUGAUGCCAGCUGUAUUGAAAGUGGAACAAAAGAAGGGAUGUGAUUCAUGCAAAGUCAGCAUGCACAUCGAGGUUCCCAAACUGCAGAUUACAAGAACCAUUCCAGAUUGGUGGAUAACUUUUGAUGAUGAUCAUCAGGUGAUGGUUGGCUACGUGUGUGUUCACAACCACAUUGAUGCUGAAAAAGAAAAGGGACUGAUGUUCAGAAAUAUGAUAUUUAUCUACAUGAAACCCCAGCUCACCCCUGGAAACGUGAAACGUGUAAAAAAGAAUCUAGACAUCAUAGUGGACAGACUGAGUGAUGAACUAAAAGAUCUUGAAGAAGAGACUGAUUCACACUGGGAAGAACUUAGAGAUUCAAAGUGCAAAAUGGUGGUCUAGAAACUUUAUAGAAUAGAAUAUAGUAAUAAAGAAGAGCAUAAAGUGAAUAAGGAGUGUAGGCUCACGCACUUGCCUUACUAAAAUAGUUUUAAUACAGUUUAAUUCAGGUUCACGUAAGACUUCUAACAAAUCCAGCGGAUAUGGCCUUUGAUAACGUAUAAGAGAUAGUAGAGAAUAACACUAAGGUUUAGCAAGCAGUUUAGCAGUGUUUAUGGUACGAUUAUUUACUGCUGAUUAGAAGUUUAGAAGACUCAGUGUUUAAUUGGUGGUCAUUUCUUUUUUUGUAGUAAUUAUAGGUAGUUAUAGAUAAAUUCUUUGAAUAAAGGUUCAUUAUUGUUAUGCAGUGUCACAUGGAUAAAUAUUUGUUAUAGUUUUGAAGUCAGAUGAAAUGGAAUACAUACUUUGAUUGGAUAAAAGUCACGACUAUCAAAAUUGAAAAGCGAUUUUCUACAUUAAAUAACAUUUUGAACAUUGAUAAAUACUCAUUUUAACAUUUAAAUCACAGGCCGUGGACAAAGCUACAUCUUUUAUUUUGACAACAAUUAUUUCAGCGUAU